AUGGCUGUCGACAUCAAGGGCAAAGGCGAAAUAGGUUGUGGGUACUACAUUGCGGGCGAGGAGAGACUUUUGUGCAUGGAGGAGGUUGUCGGUGGUGCCGCAGAUGUCGUUGAAACAUUGAAAUUGGACCUCCAGCCGACAACAAUGAUCCUCUCUCUUCGCUCGGAAGCUACCUCAGACUUUGCCGAUGCUGGAUUGCGUCAAAACGUGUCUCUGGUGGACAGUGACGACGAUCGACAGCCUCUCCCGUAUCAAAUCGAAAUACGACCGACACCAGACUUUAGCUACGAGGAUGCUCUGAAUAAGCUGAUCGGACUUUGUUCUUUGGCAGAGAAUCCUACCACCCAGUUUCUCGUCCCAGGCGACUCCAUGGCAUACGACGAAAGGUUGGAGCCAGAAGAUCUCGGUCUCACGAAGCGACGAGGCAAGCUGAUGCAAAUCUCCUCGCGUUUAAAUCUCGACAACAAAAUCAGCAUUGGCUGUGCUGGUGCCAUCAUCUCUUGGUUGCAGCGGAGACGAUCAGCUGCCUACCUGCCAGGAGAUCCAGAUGCCAACCAGACUUUCCGUAUUGCCCGACUCGAAAUGUUCAGCCUCCACGGGACCAUGCUCGUGAAUAGUGACACUCUUGUCUCGUUGCAAAUCAUCCAGCCAGAGUCUCAUCCAAACGCGUUCAACCAAGGGCCUGGGGCCUCAGGGGGGAAAGAAUCACUGUCGAUCUAUGGCCUCUUCCAGCACCAUGCACGAACUCCACAAGGAAAGGCACGCCUGCGACGAGCAUUCCUGAGGCCGUCUCAGGAUAUCGAGCUGAUCAACACUCGCCUCGAUUUUAUCUCAGCGUUUGUCCGGCCGGAGAACCAAUCGGUGCGUGACCAACUCAACAAGAGCCUCGGGCGGGUCAAAAACAUGCGGAAUACCGUCACUCUUCUUCACAAGGGGAUCGACAGCGGAAAGGCCAAGCAGAACGCGUUCAAAGGCGGAGUCUGGGAGUCUCUUCUGGGCUUCUGCUACCACGCCAUCGACAUAGCAGAAACUCUCAGAGAGGCUCUGGGCGCGGAGCACCUCCCGUUGUGCGUCCGAGCCGCGGAGGUGCUCGACCGACAUAGCCUCAAGAGAAUUGGUCGCAUGGUGAACGAGAUUGUUGACCGUGAAUCAUCUAUCGACCAGCAUCGUACCGUCGUAAACCGGGGCGUGAACCAAGACCUGGACCAGUUGAAAGAUGUCUAUGAUGGGAUGGAGGACAUUCUCAACGAAAAGGCUCGCGACAUCCAGCUGACGAUCCCUCCACACCUCAACCUGGAAUUGAACGUCACCUAUCUGCCACAUCUUGGCUUUCACCUCACCGUCCCACGGGAUCCGGCCACAGGCCAGGGGGUCUAUGCCGGGCAAGAAUUGGCGUGGCAGCUGAUGUUCACCACACCGGCCCAGAUGUACUACAAGGACGCGACGAUGCACGAAAUGGACCACGAACUCGGCGACCUGUACUCUGCGAUCUGCGACAUGGAGGUCGAAAUCGCCUACGACUUGGCACAGAACGUGCUCCGGGACGAAGAUCUUCUCACGGCGGCAUCUGACAUCUGUGGUGAAUUGGACUGUUCGUUGGCCUUUGCCCACGUCGCCCAUCAAUACCGUCUGAGUCGGCCCAAAAUCACGCAGGACAACAUCAUCGAGAUCAAGGAAGGGAGACAUCUGCUCCAAGAGAUGACGGUCCCGUCCUUUGUGGCGAACGACACCUUGAUAGUUGGAGGAGAUGGAGACGGAGACACUGAUCCGACAGGACCCAGCAUGAUCUUUUUGACAGGCCCGAAUUAUUCGGGCAAAUCGGUCUAUCAGAAGCAGGUUGCCCUGGCAGUAUACAUGGCCCAGAUGGGAUCAUUCCUCCCCGCCGACUCGGCCACCAUUGGCAUUACCGACAAGAUCCUCACGCGCGUCACCGCCCGGGAGACCGUGUCCAAGGUCCAAUCAGCCUUCAUGAUCGAGAUGCAACAGAUUGCCAUGGCUUUGAAUUCAUGCACGCGACGGAGUUUGCUGGUGAUUGACGAAUUCGGGAAAGGUACCGACACCUUUGACGGGGCCGGGCUCGCUGCAGGAGUGGUCCAUCACCUGCUUUCUCUGGGAGCUCAAGCCCCAAAGACGCUCGUUGCUACACAUUUCCACGAAAUAUUCGAGCUGGGCCUCUUCCGCGAAGCGAGGAACCUCGCCUUUGCGCACAUGGAGGUGCAGGUCGAUGAAAGAGACAGCCCUUGUGCCGGCGAAGAUAAUAGUCAGGUUACCUAUCUAUUUAAUCUUCGUCCGGGCCGUAGCGACCUGUCCUACGGUGUCCAGUGUGCCGCGAUGAACGGUGUCCCAGCAGAGAUUGUCGAGCGAGCAGUUGCGAUAGCUCGUCUCGCGCAGCAAGGGGAGGAUCUUGUGGCGACAUGCUCGGCGUUGAAGGAGGAUGAAGUUGAAGAGUUGAGGAGUGCGGAGCGGGCAUCGCGGAUGUUUCUGGGUGAGGAUUAUGAUCGUGACUGGACGGAGGAGGAACUCUUGUCUUCCCUAAGCGCCAUGCUGGAGAUCGAUACAGUUUCUGAAGAGACGACUAUUAUCUCGGAGUGA